UUUCUAUUUCCGCUUUGAGUGUGUGGAUCAAACAGCACGCGUUUUGAUCUCCGUGACUGAACUGACUCGAAAUGACUUUCAACAGAAACGACUUGAGGGUGAUCUCCAACAUCCAAGUAGUCAACUGCGUAGUGCUUUUCGUUUUGGGGCUUACUGAUGGAUUCGGUGUGCGUUUUAUGUAUUCCAGUUUGACUUUCACCCCCUGCUGGAUAGCGAUCCUUGUGUUGGCCGCUGGAAUCAUGGGCCUGACUUUAAGCAACAAGCAAAGACCUUCCUUAACUCUGAUAAACGCCUUGCAGUCUGUGAGCGUAGCCUGUGCUGCAAUAUCAGCGAUAACCGCGUACCACUAUCUGGUCGCUUUGUCCAUUAUGAUGGCUUUGGGUUAUGCCUCAGCGCUAAGCAGGGAUUACUAUGAUAAAGAUCCCUUUUUCUUUGAUUUGGACCAGCCGCUGGACAUAAACUUUACCGCAAAGCAGAAAUCCAUGGUGGCUGUUUCUUCCCUGAUCAUCUUAUGCUCCAUCAUUGAGAUCAUUCUUGCGGUGGCAGCCAUCAGGAGCAGUAAUAUAACUGGUCAGAGCUCGCAGGAACAGCAAGUAAGGAUUUGCCAUGGCCAGCUUGAAGCUGGUGAGGUGCCGAUCCAUAUGCAAGAGCAGCCGACCUCAGUCGCAGCCCAACCAUUGAUGGCUUUUCCAGACACUACUAAUUAGUAGCUACAGUUGAACCUUAAUUAAGCCGUCACCAUGUAUUAAACUGUCAGUUGCAAUCGUCAAAGUCUCGAAUUUUUUAUCCCUUAAUCACUGUGAAAUGUACCUACAUUAAGCGGUCACAUCUAUUUGGUGGUCGCCGUCACCGUUUACUCAACGGCCUGUUUUUUAUUGUCUUUCACUUUCAUUGGACGGUCAAUAAAAGCGAAACCACUCAAAUAAAACUAAAGAUACUAUUUUAAUUACUUUUUAUCUAUGUUUCUCUACAACAAUAAAAGUAAGUAAUAUUUGCAACCGA